AUGGAAACGAUCUACGAUGAAAUAGAGAUAGAAGAUUUCACAUUUGAUCCUGUCACCCAGUUGUUUCAAUACCCAUGUCCAUGUGGUGAUAGAUUUGCCAUCAGUAUUGAUGAUUUACAGGAUGGUGAAGAUAUAGCUGUUUGUCCCAGUUGUUCAUUAAUGGUGAAAGUCAUAUUUGAGCCUGAAGAUUUACAAGAGUACUUGGAUGAAUUAAGUUGA